GUGAUGUAUGAAUUAGCAGAAUAAUACAUCUGACUGAUCCACAGCAAAAUCAAUGGCGAGAGCCAUUUCGCCACAUUUAUUGUGAAAAUGCCAUCAGCAGUCAUGAUGUCGGAGAAUUUUGACAAGCUUCUGGAGCAGUGCGAAACGCAAGAGUUGGAGGCCCCCGGUGGAAUCGCCACCCCACAAGUCUACUCCCAACUACUGGCUUUGUAUCUCCUGCACAAUGACAUGAACAAUGCAAGAUAUCUUUGGAAGAGAAUUCCUCAAGCUAUUAAAACUGCGAACCCCGAGCUGGCGGCCGUGUGGGCAGUGGGGCAGCACAUCUGGCAGAGGGAGUUCCCAGGCAUCUACACGGCCAUCGCCGCAUACCAGUGGACUGAGAGCAUUGCGCCCAUCAUGGAGGCCCUGCAAGAGUCUACCCGUAGGAGAGCGUAUGGGCUAGUGGCCCAGGCCUACACCUCCAUCAUGGCUGAUGACUUUGCUGCGUUUGUGGGCUACUCAGUGGAGGACGCGGUCAAGGGAGUGGUCAGUCAGGGCUGGCAGGCGGACCCCAACACGCGGAUGGUGAUGCCUCAAAAACCAGAUCCUCCCCCGGUCUCCCUGGUUCCAAACGAACAGCAGCUGGCCAGACUCACUGACUACGUGGCUUUCCUUGAGAACUGAUAAACGGCUCUCCCCUCCUCCCCUGCCCCCUCCUCCUCUCCCUCCCCCUCCUACUACUCAUCCUCUCCUAUUCUCUGCGUCUCGACUGCCUCGGAGAGGACACAGACAGAGCUGCCUUCCUUCCUCUCCUCUCCCCCCCCCACCCCCCCACCCCCUGAAAUCUGGCCCUUAGAAAGGACUACUUUCGCCAGGAUUGUACCCCUCCCCGUCACCCCCACUUCCAGUUCAGUGCAAAUGUCUGCACCUCACUGAUCAGACAAACGUAUGGUCCCCACCAGCUUCGCCUCAAGUUCAACGUGCUCCAAGCGCUUCACCCCUUUCACCCCAGCCUCCACUCAAGAUCGGCCUGUCCCAUAUUGUGUAUUUUGUAGUUAUUUUUGGUUUGUUUGUUUUGUUUUUGCUUUGUAUUUGUCUCUUUUCUGUUGUUUUGAUUUGUUUACCUCGUUGAUGUAGAGAGAAGAGGUCAAGAAGGCACAGACGGAUGUUAUAAACUGUUGCGAUCUUAAUUGCGACCGUCAGCGUAAUCAUCAAUGAGGAAAGCGGUGUGACACAAUCUCCCGUAAAAAUCGCAAUCGGAAAGUUGGAAACACUGUUUUCUGGUGUUUUGGGAAGUUGUUAGGCACCCACCACCCCCGUUGUUUGUUUGUGUGGUCCGCCAGCUGUGCUGAUCUGUCAACAUGUGAUAUCAACACACGUCUCUGAUUAAAGUCUGUAGGGUUGCUCA